AUGACCGACGAGGAUGUCACCUCCGAGGAUUUGGACGGCCACGAUAGGAUCCUGGAUUCCGAAUGGGCAGAAUUACUCAACAUCCAGAGGAGCCUGAUCGAGUCCAUUCCACACGAUCACCCGUAUCUCGCGAACGGGGUAUUCGAGCAGGCAGCCACCACCAGGAAGCAAUGCGUCAGGCUCAUCAGCAGGUUGAGGGGUCAACUAGCUAAGAAAGCUCAGCCACCCAGUACACCACCGAGUCCUCAACACCACGAUCAGCUGAAGAGAUUGGACAUCAAGCCUUUUGAUGGCAAUCCUUCACAGUGGAAGGAGUUCAGUGACCUCUUCACUUCACUGGUGGGCAGCAAAUCUACAAUUCCCCCAGUGGAGAAAUUGGUGAGGCUGAAGAGCAGCCUCAGAGGACCAGCAGCAGCUCUGAUCUCUACGAUACCCAUCAGCGAUCAGAAUUAUGAGAACGCAUGGAGAAAGCUCCAAAAGAAGUACGAUGAUCCCAGACUUUUGGCACAGUACUUAUUUAAUCGAGUCCUGGAGUUGCCAAAAAUCACCAAACCCACGGAACAGAAUCUCACCGACAACGUGGCAGCAGUAGUCGAGUCGCUGGACCAGCUCAGAACAGACGCCAAGGAUUUCCCCAGUCUCAAAGAGUUCGUCCUAUUCGUGGAGUCCUGUGCCAGGAGUAUGAACGCAGGGUUCAAACUCCACUCCAGAGAGCAGAUCACCGCUCCCAGCAAACCACCUAUUAAGAAGAAAGGAGCUUACGCAGCAACUCAACAAGUGGAGGACAGCGCUCAGCAGAACAGUCACCAAAGGAAAGAGUGUUCCAUGUGCAAAGGGAACCACUUUGUUGACAAGUGUCAGCAAUUCAAGGAGCUGGACCCAGUAAAGAGAAACGGCCUGGCCAUCGACAAAAAACUAUGCUUCAGGUGCCUGGGCCCGCACAAAAAAGACAGGUGCAGCUCAGACGAACAAUGCCAUAAGUGCAAAGGAUCUCACCACACUCUGAUCCACGGAGGCAGCAGGUACACAGGAUGGGCUCCCCCACGUCGUGACUCGGAAGCUGCAGGGUUCUCUGGAACUGCCAACAGACCUGCAGAAGAGAGGAUCGACGAGGACCAGACUAAGCCCAGUACGUCAACAGCAGCAGUUAACCUCAACAAUCAGAUGAUCAAUGAGAACCAGCAGUCAAAUCAACCUUCAGAAGAUCAACAAUCGGUGCUGUUGGCGACAGCCCGAGUUACAGUGAAAUCACCACGAGGAUUCUCCAGCAGAGCCAGAGUCCUCAUCGAUCAGGGAUCAGAGGUGUCAUUCAUCUCAGAAAAUCUAGUAAAUCAACUGCACUUGUCCAGGAAAUCAACAACGUUGGAAUUAAUCGGAAUUGGAGGAGUUAAUUCCGGUAGCACGAGAGGAUUGGUAUCAGUUACACUUCAGGCAAUCAACGGAAAUCAACAGGUUCAGAUCAGCGCCUACAUAUUGAAGAGACUCACCGCAAUUCUACCAUCGUUCUCACGUGCCUCAGCGAACAUCGGUUCAUUAGAAAAUCUACAGCUAGCAGAUCAGCAGUAUCUCAAGCCCGGACCAAUCGAUAUCAUCAUAGGGGCUGACAACUACGGGCGAAUCAUCAGAGAUGAAGUUGUCAAGUCCAAGCAGUCAAAAGUCGUCGGCCAACGCACAGUCUUUGAACUUCUCCAGAAAUUUUGGGUCCAGGAAGAGUUACCAGUUCAGCAGUCAGAAAAUUCAGAGUUAUCACCAGAUGAGCUGGAGUCAGCUCUCGGGGAGUCGAAAUUCAAGGCUUCGCGUCAGCUCAGAUCUACAAUCAGCAAACUCACCAAUAAUCAGGCAUAUGCCCAGCUGUACAAGGAGUUCAGCAACGAGUACGUAACUUUGGGUCAUAUGCAAAGAGCACCAGAGACAGCAGAACCCGUUCCAGUUUAUUAUCUUCCACACCACGGGGUUCUGAGAGCAGAUGCAAUCACCACAAGGUUGAGAGUCGUUUUCAACGGCUCCAGCCCCACUUCAUCAGGAACGUCACUCAACGACAUUCUACAUCCAGGUGGAAAACUUCAGACCAACGCCAUGGACGUUCUAACAUGGAUGAGAAAGCACAGAGUAGCCACAGUCAGAACGAGCAAAGCAGAAGUCGGCAGACAUCAAGAUGGGUCGCCUAAUCUCCAGAACAUCACAGCAGCCCACUCGGUGUUUGACAGACCAAUCCCCAAGCUCUGUCUGCUUCCUACAGACCCACCUACACCAGAACAACCUCCAGAAGAAGAUCACUCAGAUGAUCAAGACGAUCAACAGCAAGGGGACAUCCAGGAACUGCAGGACUGA